AUGUGGCUCUGCGACGGAGAUGACGACUGUGGUGACAGUUCCGACGAACAGAACUGCGGAGUACAAGAAGCGGGUGAAAUGUGCAAGAAGACAGAAUUCCAGUGUCGUGAUCAGCGGCAAUGUGUGCCAUCAUCAUUCCACUGUGACGGAACGAAUGACUGCCGUGAUGGCAGUGAUGAGGUUGGAUGCGUACAACCCACCGUUGUCGAGCCACCCGAGACCAACAAGCAAGUGGCUCAAGGAUCCACCUUCCAACUAUCAUGCAGGGCUGUCGCCGUGCCAGAAGCCUACAUUAAUUGGCGUCUCAACUGGGGUCCCGUCUGUGAUCCACCUCGUUGUAUUCAGGCUUCUGAAGGAGGAUACGGAACGCUCACUGUGACCAACGCU